AUGCGCCGGGCGCUGCCGCCGCUCCGCGCCCUGCUCGGGGCCGCCGGCCCGGUGCGGCUCCCGGCGCCCCGGGGGAUGUGCGGCCGCCCGGCCGAGCGGAGCGGGCACAGCGCGCUCAGCGCGCUGCCAUCCUUUGGAUUUCUCUUUGACAUUGACGGGGUGCUGGUGCGAGGGAAGACCCCCAUUCCUGCUGCCAGAACAGCUUUUCAAAAGCUGGUCAAUUCUCAGGGACAGUUCCUGGUGCCCGUGGUCUUUGUCACCAACGCGGGGAACUGCCUGCGCCAGAACAAAGCUGACCAAUUGUCUCACCUGCUGGGGGUUCCAAUUUCACAAGAUCAAGUGAUGAUGUCACACAGUCCUCUGCGGAUGUUCAAGCAUUAUCAUGAAAAAUGUGUUCUGGUAUCUGGACAAGGACCACUUCUUGAUAUUGCUCAAGACCUUGGCUUCUGCCAGCCCAUCACCAUUGACACCCUGAGGGAGAAACGCCCUCUGCUCGAUGCAGUUGACCAUGACAGAAGACCCAAGGUCCUGUCCCCCUCUGCUGUGGAGCUUCCCAAGAUUGAGGCCGUGGUGUUGUUUGGGGAGCCAGUCAGAUGGGAAACCAGCCUGCAGCUGAUAAUUGAUGUUUUGCUGACGAGUGGCUAUCCUGGAAAUCCCUAUGAGCAGCAAAACCACCCUCACAUUCCUGUGCUCGCCUGUAACAUGGACCUGAUGUGGGUGGCCGAGGCACAGUCCCCAAGGUUUGGGCAUGGAACCUUCAUGGUUUGUUUGGAGAACAUUUACAAGAAGAUCACUGGCAAAGACCUGAAGUAUGAAGCGUUGAUGGGCAAACCCAGCAGGCUGACAUACCAGUAUGCAGAGCACCUGAUCCGGGCCCAGGCCCUGCAGAGGAGCUGGGAGCAGCCCAUCCAGACCCUCUAUGCUGUGGGGGACAAUCUGAUGACAGACGUGUAUGGUGCCAACCUGUACAACCGCUACCUGCAGGAGAGCUCCAGGACAGGUCCCAAAUCCCUCCUCCAGGCCAAGGCUUCUGUGGGCAGAGGCUCUGCCACGCUCCCUCAGGACCAUGAGAUCAGCCUCAGCUGGGAGAACGAGCUGGCCUCCGCAGCUGCUGCCCGCUGCAGGUCCGUGCUGGUGUGCACGGGGGUGUACAGCCCCCACCCAGAGGUGCCCCCGGACAGCAGGGACAGCAUCGCCGGCGCCGCCUUCCACGGCCACAGGGACUUCAGGUUCGACCCCGGCCUGGUGGAACCCGAUCACAUCGUGCCUGACGUGGAUGCUGCUGUGGACCUGGUCUUCCAGCUGGAGAACUUUGUGCCUAAUUGAGGUGGCAGGAUUUCAGCUCAGCGCUGUGCUUUUCUUCCCCCAAAACACACUGUGCUUUACAAGAGUGCCACAAACUGCUGCCUUCUAAGUUUUUUAACCUGUAAAUUAAUAAAAUAUCCUAUUAGGUAAGCUUAUUAGUAGUACAGGUAGGUACGUGUGUGUUUUAAGUGUAAUAAAUAUCAAUAAUGCUUUUAAUAGUGCUUCUAAAUAUGUAAUUUAUGGCUUGAGUUGUCCUUUAUUGUCUUCCUCUUUGUUAUAUUAGGUACUUUAGUAGCAAUAUUUCAUAGCAUUCAUGUACUGGUACUUAAAUCCCUCCAGGACAGUACCUCCUUUUGUCUGCUGGAAGAUUUAGCUUUUAGGUGUUGGGGAUCUUGAGGAGAUCAGAUUGUGGUGCUGGGGUCACUCAGUCCAUCCCAUGUGGGCUGGUACAGAGCACAGCAUGUGUUAGUGCCUGGCAUUCUGCAAGGACUGAACGCUGCCUUCACUCAGAGUGGAGUUCAGUCUGUUCCACUUUGGGUUUGCUCUCAUCUAACCUGCUGCUGCCUUUCCUUGUGUCUGUUUGCCCGUGGAAAACUCCCUGGGGUUUUAUUACUCCUCUCUGCUGGGUGAAGCCUUAACUGUGUUGGAACUCCUUAGUCCUGGAAGGGAAGCAGAAGACCUGGGUGUCCUCUGUGGCCUUUUUGCUCUUUGCCUAUCUGCACCUUUUAAAAAAAAUUUAUUACUAUUAUUUUUGCGAGGAAUUUAUAAUCCCAGAAAGCUUUUAGCAGUUUUGUUUCAGGUGUUUCUGUGAGUUGGGACUUUACCACUGGAUCAGGGACUACUGCUCGGCCAAAAAGUGCCUCCUAAUUUACUUGAAGCCUUAUACCACUGUGGUAAUUAACUGGCCUUUAGUGUAAUAUAUUUAAUCUCAUGUCAAUGUUAUAUAUUGUUUGAUUCAUGGAUUUUAUAGCUGUUUGUCUAAAAAGAAAAAGUAAUUUAUUUUUGGUUGUUUUUGUAAAAUACUUGCAGAAUUUUCAUCCCAAAGAUGCCUUUGAAAAUAUUUCUGUGUUAUUUGUUAUAACCCAAGAUGUGUUGUACUUGUGACAUAACCUUGCAAAACAUAACCCAAUUAAUUGUUUUAAAACCAAAGUCAACCUACACACAAAGAUCAGUUCCCAUUAGGGACUAGUCAGGUUUUUAGGGCUGGGGUUUUUUAGGGUUUUUGGGUUUUUUUUUUUCAAAUUAGAAAUUGUACGAACAAAAACCUGGCUGUUCAUUUUUCCCAGGUUCUUGCAGGGCUGGCAGGAUGAUUUCCUGGCCAAAUCCUUCACUGCUCAUUUUCCCAGCAGAACUCUGAGAGCUCACAGCUGCUGUGAAGUCAGAUUUUGUUGUGUUUCCUCUGUUUGCAAAGCACUGUAAUCCCCUCUCCACCGUCAGGAUUGUUGAUUCAUCUCUUGUAAUGUUUCCUAAGUAGCUUUCAGUGUCUCACUGGAUCCAGUGUAAGGACACUGCUCUGAACACUUUAUUUCCUGCUUCUUCACUGGAAAAGGUAUCUACAGCAGCACAUUCUUGCCUUUUUAUUGGUACAAUAAACAGAUAUCUACCUGUUUCUUUAGCACCUCCCUGUAAUAUACCAAGUAUUUGCAAAGAAUGCCAAAUCUAAGUAAAGGCCGUAAUUUUGUAAGGUCAGGAUGAUUUGAAGUUACAUUGUUUUAGUACUAAAGCAUGUUGCAGAACUCUCUAACUUUACUAGAAUUGGUGAAGCAAGGAAUAAAAAUGUUGGAAAUUGCUGAAGAA